AUGCGUCAAAAGCUAAAAGGAAGAGGAGGAUUUUAUUUGCUAGGGCUCCCGUUUCAUAGAUUUGCCUCUAAAGGACUUCUUACAAAUGGAAAAAUGCUCAGAAGGUAUUACUGGCUUAAUCUCGAAAAAACAAUAGAUAAAUCUCACCAGUUGCUUACAGGAAGACUGCGAGAAUUAAACCUAAAAGUGCGAGAAUUAAACCUAAAAGUGCGAGAAUUAAACCUAAAAGUGCGAGAAUUAAACCUAAAAGUGCGAGAAUUAAACCUAAAAGUGCGAGAAUUAAACCUAAAAGUGCGAGAAUUAAACCUAAAAGUGCGAGAAUUAAACCUAAAAGUGCGAGAAUUAAACCUAAAAGUGCGAGAAUUAAACCUAAAAGUGCGAGAAUUAAACCUAAAAGUGCGAGAAUUAAACCUAAAAGUGCGAGAAUUAAACCUAAAAGUGCGAGAAUUAAACCUAAAAGUGCGAGAAUUAAACCUAAAAGUGCGAGAAUUAAACCUAAAAGUGCGAGAAUUAAACCUAAAAGUGCGAGAAUUAAACCUAAAAGUGCGAGAAUUAAACCUAAAAGUGCGAGAAUUAAACCUAAAAGUGCGAGAAUUAAACCUAAAAGUGCGAGAAUUAAACCUAAAAGUGCGAGAAUUAAACCUAAAAGUGCGAGAAUUAAACCUAAAAGUGCGAGAAUUAAACCUAAAAGUGCGAGAAUUAAACCUAAAAGUGCGAGAAUUAAACCUAAAAGUGCGAGAAUUAAACCUAAAAGUGCGAGAAUUAAACCUAAAAGUGCGAGAAUUAAACCUAAAAGUGCGAGAAUUAAACCUAAAAGUGCGAGAAUUAAACCUAAAAGUGCGAGAAUUAAACCUAAAAGUGCGAGAAUUAAACCUAAAAGUGCGAGAAUUAAACCUAAAAGUGCGAGAAUUAAACCUAAAAGUGCGAGAAUUAAACCUAAAAGUGCGAGAAUUAAACCUAAAAGUGCGAGAAUUAAACCUAAAAGUGCGAGAAUUAAACCUAAAAGUGCGAGAAUUAAACCUAAAAUUUUCAAAUCUAUUUUUAAGUAAUAGAUAA